AUGAAGGGUGGGAUUGAUGUGUUUAUGAAGGGAGGGAUUGAUGUGUUUAUGAAGGAUGGGAUUGAUGUGUUUAUGAAGGGUGGGAUUGAUAUGUUUAUGAAGGGAGGGAUUGAUGUGUUUAUGAAGGGUGGGAUUGAUGUGUUUAUGAAGGGUGGGAUUGAUGUGUUUAUGAAGGGAGGGAUUGAUGUGCUUAUGAAGGGUGGGAUUGAUGUGUGUAUGAAGGGUGGGAUUGAUGUGUUUAUGAAGGGUGGGAUUGAUGUGUUUAUGAAGGGAGGGAUUGAUGUGCUUAUGAAGGGUGGGAUUGAUGUGUGUAUGAAGGGAGGGAUUGAUGUGUUUAUGAAGGGAGGGAUUGAUGUGUGUAUGAAGGGAGGGAUUGAUGUGUUUAUGAAGGGUGGGAUUGAUGUGUUUAUGAAGGGUGGGAUUGAUGUGUUUAUGAAGGGAGGGAUUGAUGUGUUUAUGAAGGGAGGGAUUGAUGUGUUUAUGAAGGGUGGGAUUGAUGUGUUUAUGAAGGGUGGGAUUGAUGUGUUUAUGAAGGGAGGGAUUGAUGUGUUUAUGAAGGGAGGGAUUGAUGUGUUUAUGAAGGGUGGGAUUGAUGUGUGUAUAAAGGGAGGGAUUGAUGUGUUUAUGAAGGGUAGGAUUGAUGUGUUUAUGAAGGGUGGGAUUGAUGUGUUUAUGAAGGGUGGGAUUGAUGUGUUUAUGAAGGGUGGAAUUGAUGUGUUUAUGAAGAGUGGGAUUGAUGUGUUUAUGAAGGGUGGGAUUGAUGUGUGUAUGAAGGGAGGGAUUGAUGUGUUUAUGAAGGGUGGGAUUGAUGUGUUUAUGAAGGGUGGGAUUGAUGUGUGUAUGAAGGGAGGGAUUGAUGUGUUUAUGAAGGGUGGGAUUGAUGUGUUUAUGAAGGGUGGGAUUGAUGUGUUUAUGAAGGGAGGGAUUGAUGUGUUUAUGAAGGGAGGGAUUGAUGUGUUUAUGAAGGGUGGGAUUGAUGUGUUUAUGAAGGGUGGGAUUGAUGUGUUUAUGAAGGGAGGGAUUGAUGUGUUUAUGAAGGGAGGGAUUGAUGUGCUUUUGAAGGGUGGGAUUGAUGUGUUUAUGAAGGGAGGGAUUGAUGUGUUUAUGAAGGGAGGGAUUGAUGUGUUUAUGAAGGGUGGGAUUGAUGUGUUUAUGAAGGGUGGGAUUGAUGUGUUUAUGAAGGGAGGGAUUGAUGUGCUUUUGAAGGGUGGGAUUGAUGUGUUUAUGAAGGGUGGGAUUGAUGUGUUUAUGAAGGGUGGGAUUGAUACAAGGUUAAAAUGCUAA